AUGAAGCUUUCCUUGAUCUAUGUGGCCGCGCUGUUCUCUGCGGUUUACGCCAUGCCCAACCCUUCUCCGACCGUCGAGGCGACCGGGACGAUCACUGACACCGCCAUCCCCGCCACCUUCACCGCUACCAAGAAGUACUUCACGCUCACGGACCACGCGCCAUGGAUGAUUGAGCAGACUACGGUCAUCACCUGGACCGUGACCGCGUUGCCGAGCUCAACCGGUGCUGCCUAA